UGUCAUGGAUACGCCGUGUUUCACCUCGACUACCACCCAAUGACCACUUAAUAAUAAAAAAAUAUUGCACCCGAUACAAUAAUAUUACGAUAGGUAUUUACAGCGCGACCUGGCGGAGCAUCGUAUCAGGGAUAUAUUAUAAUAUUAUCACGCACGGCAGACAACGACCGCGGAUCGCGAACACUCGGCAGGCUUCGUCGUAGGCGUACUAUCGAAACGUCGAACGGCGUCCGUCCUUCGGUUUUCCUGUUGGUUACUCCUUGACCUCGUUCCAGGGCCAUACUCUUUGGCGGACGACCGCCCCGCUUCGGUGAAGUACCACUAGAUAAAUCGUGGCGUUCGGCCUGCCGCCAUACGCGGUAAGACGUUGUAACGUACGUGGCACGACGCGGAACGCACGCGCAGUAAACCAGUACCGACGCCAUUUGGACGCCACUUGUUGAUGCAUUCUGUCGGCCACCGUUCAAAACGGCGUGCGCUCGAACAGCGUUUCGUUUCCGGACUUUAUUCUUUUUAAAAUUAUUUCUUUUUUGUAUAUUUUUUUUUUCUGUCGUUCGCGUCGGCGUUGCCGCUUCGCUGCUGAACAUCGCCAACUCACAUUUACAAACGUCGUUCACUCGCGCUCGACACUUAAUUGGCCGCCGUUCGGCGAUCCGCUCGUUCGGGUACCUAGUUCGAUAUAGAUAGGUAGGUAGGCAGCCAUUGACCAGCGCCAACGGAACACGGUUUUGUCCGGUGCGCGACGUCGUAGUUUUGUUUACAACGUUCAAAUUGUGUUCCGUGUGCGUUCGCAUUAAUUGUCACCAGUGUACCUAACCUACAAGACGUGCUAAAUUGUAUGAUUAAAAUGGAUAAAAAAGAUACGACGGAUCUUUGUUUUAUGUGUGAAGAAGAAUUAGUCGGUAAUGGUUUACAGUUCGAUUUUCGCCGUACACAUAUUGGUAAUGAGUUAUUAACACAAAAGAUUGCUGAACUUAUCGGAGAUCAUUUUGUGGUUAUUGUAAACAAUAAGGAUCGCAUGUGCAAGGGUUGUGUAGCACUGUUGAACGAUAUUGACGAGAUGGAAAUAGAACUGACAAUUGUUAAAAAUGCACUGUUGUUGGGUAUUAAAAAUAAGUAUGGAUUAUCAGUUGAUGCUGAUGAUACAAUUGAGCCUAUCAUGGUGGAAGAUGGCGUUUUGAAGGCUGACAGAUCAAAUUCUUCGGAACUUGAACAGGUUAAAGAAUCAAAUCAAUUUUUAAAUAUGCAACAUCAAGAAGUACCGACACCUCCAAAAGUAUUCAUGCCACGACAAGUACCAUGGCCACCACAAAUAUUGAGACCACAAUUACCACAACAAAUAUUGAGGCCACAACUAGCACCUCGACUAGCGCAUAAUUUACAACGAGGAUUAAGGCCACAACUACCAGGGAAACGAUUACGAGUAAUCCUACCACGUAAAGCAGAGAAGAAGGAACUAGUAAAAAAUUUGCAAACAAAACGGCAACUAUUUCGAAAUGAUGUGCUAAGUCAUUCAAAUAAAAAAGAAACUGUCAAAUGUGAUACUCAAAAUAGUUCUGGAAUAUUUCCGGUAUCGCAAACAACACAUAUUUUUAAAUGCAAAAUAUGCGUUAAACAUUUUAAAAAACGAGAGGUUUGUCUACGCCACAUUCAGGAAUGUCAUAAUAAUGAGCCUGCUCCAAAACAAGUUUUUAAAUGCAAAAUAUGCGUUCAAUAUUUUAUGAAACAAGAGGUUUGUCUACGCCACAUUCAGGAAUAUCAUGAUGAGCCUGCUUCAAUUGUAAUGGAGACAAAACCAUGCAAGCCAGCUCUUAUUAAAUGUACUCCUCAGCCCAAGUUUCAAUUAAAUAAUCAGGAACCUGAGUCACCUGAGUCUCCUACGGAUGAUAAAAAAGAAGUCACUGAAGAAAAAGAAGAUGCAGCUGAGUCUCAAUAACAAGUAUUGCGAGCAGAAACUUCAAACAAUGUUGAGAAAUUUGGAAAUGACUGCAAUCCAUUUUUAGAAUAAAAUAUUUAAGAUAUUUUUUUAUAUAUUAUUUUAACUAGGUCAUAUUUAUUUUAAAGUGCUGCAGUUUAGAGAAAUGUAUUAUUCAUUUAAUAAUAUAAAUAAAUUCUCUAUUCUUUUUUUUUAUAUAUAAAUUAGAAAGUUUUAUAAUAAGGAUUACAAUUCCAUUUAAGUGCCAACUACUUAAUAAUAGUUU